AGUGUGUGUGCUGUGUUGGUGUAUUAAGGCCGACGGCUCUGCCGCAGUUGACGUCGCUGCUCAGUCCGAUUCCGUGCUUUGGAAUACUCCGCGCUCUCGCUCUCCGGCACUCCAGUUCCAGUUGCUGAGUGGCCAAGUGGCUCUUUGGCUGCUGAGCUGUUUCUGUUUCUGUUGCUAUUGCUUUAGCUGUGUUUUUGGUGUUUUUUCGGUGUCUUCUGCGUUUUGUAAAUGUAGUCGUCGGCGGCGUUUACGUCAGAGUUACAGAGGAGCCAACAAAAGCUAUAAUCUAAUACCCCCACGUAAAGCGAGUGCGAAAAAUUGCGAAAGCCGCGUGCCUCACCGAUAAGAUAAGCGCGCGGCUAAAGAACUCCUCCGGCCAACGAAAACGAACCUUUAAUAAUCGGGAUUCGCGCGAAAUGUGAUUUUUUUUUAUAGCUUAAGUGAUAAAUAAGAAAAAUACCCACACACUCUCAAACACCCAGUGUAUAUAAGCUAACUGUGUUUUUUCAGCAGUGAAAAAGUCGGCUCAAUUGUCUAAAAUGUAAGAACAAUAAAUUUAUGCCAAGUGCCAGUUAAAAAAUAUAUAAAAAGAAAAAGUUGCGAUCUCUCCGAGCAACAAGUACUUGUGCACCAAUACACACACACAAGCAAAGGUAGUGCCACGACAAAAAAGAGAAAAAAACACAGAGAAACCGAAACCAAAAGCAAAACGGAGGAGCAAUGGAGGCCACCACUACCACAACACCUGACUUGAACCGCGGCGAUGCCACCAGGAAGAGUGUGCGUUUGUAUGCCGCCCGCAAGGGGGCGGCACCUGCACCGCCCAAGCUUAGUGUGGCGCCCUCUAGCAACCAAAAUAAUAACAACAACAAUAGCUGUGAAAAAUUGCCGGAAACGGAAAUAGAUCUGCACCAAACAAAUCUUGCCAGCAAGGAUCUCGAAGGAGCCAUCGACGAUGAUAGCAUUGUGGAGCUGAGGCGACGCAAUGUGCAGGCGACUCCUCUGCCCAGGAUUGCCGUAUCGGCCCUGCCCACUCUGCAGCCACAUCCCAAGCCCACGGAGCGCCAGAAGACAGUGCCUCGCAGCCUCCUGUCCACCGAGGACGAUGCCGGGGUGUCCUUUGCCCUCGGCUCCAUCGAGAAGCACAUCCACAACGUGGAGGAGAGCUUCAAGCAACAGCAGCAAAACCAACAGCAAUCCCAAUCUUCGAUGGACGUAAUGAAGCUGGAGAUUAAGCGGAAGCAGAGCAAACGAUAUGGCGAAACAGAAAAUCUGCUUCGACCGGGUAUUAGCGACAUGUCCUCGGAAAAUGAUUUCCAGUACUUAGGCGGCAGGCGGGCAGGCGAACUGGACGAGAGCAACGAGCUGAUGCUAUCGGAAUUUCAGCGUGGGAGCGAUGGACGUAACUCGAUCGGCGCUUAUUCCAAGAAUUCAACUGCAGCCUCAAACGGAGCAAACGCUGUGAAAGCCAAACUGGCACGUACUGCCUCGGAUACAAAGAAUAACGAUACGGUGCUGGCCAUGCGGGCCACUCUGAAGCAAAAGCAGAACUUGCAGGACGAAAAGCAGCCGGCGGUUUGGCGUCCAGCCGGUACCGCACCCACUCCGGCGGCCAGAAGCUCCUCCUCCACUUCGUCAAACUCCGCCUCGACCAGUCGUGGCGGAAGCAGCAGCAGCGUGGUCGAUGGAGUGGCUCCGUCCAAACUAACGGCCACCACCAUAUCGGCGUCCAAGAGACGUGAGGAGAAUUUGAGACAAUUUGAAGCUCUGCUGGCUCAGAAGUCCUCACACCGUCACGCCGCCUCAUCAGGAGCAUCUGGCGCUUCGGCAGCCGGACACAGUUCUGCCAGCGCGAAGAGGCGCUCAGAGCGGCCGAUUGUGGCGCCCAUUCCGCCGUACAACUCCAGCCGAGCAGAACCGGUGACCAGCUCCACACGAGCCAGCGUGGUUCCAAGGUCCACUUCGGGACAUGGAUCCGAAUCCGGCUCAGUGUCAGCUGUCCCGCCUGUGGGACAUCACCGCACUGGCCACGUUCCCAGCGCGGUGACGAACCGCAGCAAUGUUUACAGCAACAAUGCUGCACAGGGUUCGCCUAACAUGCAGAUGCGGAGUAGUGCUCCCAUGCGAUGGCGCGCUACGGAGGAGCACAUUGGCAAAUAUAAACUCAUAAAGACGAUCGGAAAGGGAAAUUUCGCUAAGGUGAAACUAGCGAAACACCUGCCCACUGGCAAGGAGGUGGCCAUCAAGAUAAUUGACAAGACCCAACUCAAUCCUGGGUCACUACAGAAACUCUUCAGAGAGGUUAGAAUAAUGAAGAUGCUGGAUCACCCCAACAUAGUUAAAUUGUUUCAAGUAAUCGAAACUGAGAAAACGCUAUAUUUAAUCAUGGAGUACGCGUCAGGUGGUGAGGUCUUCGACUAUCUGGUUCUACACGGACGUAUGAAGGAGAAGGAGGCGCGUGUCAAGUUUCGACAAAUCGUCUCAGCCGUGCAAUACUGUCAUCAGAAAAGAAUAAUACACAGGGACUUAAAAGCUGAAAACCUUUUGCUGGACAGCGAACUGAACAUCAAAAUCGCUGAUUUUGGCUUUUCGAACGAGUUCACGCCCGGCUCAAAGCUGGACACGUUCUGCGGUAGUCCGCCGUACGCAGCUCCGGAACUGUUUCAGGGCAAAAAGUACGACGGGCCGGAGGUCGAUGUAUGGUCGCUGGGCGUCAUCCUGUAUACGUUAGUGAGCGGUUCCCUGCCCUUCGAUGGCUCCACCUUAAGGGAGCUGCGCGAACGCGUGCUCAGAGGCAAAUAUAGAAUUCCCUUCUAUAUGUCGACUGACUGCGAAAACUUGCUCCGCAAAUUCUUAGUACUGAAUCCCGCAAAGCGUGCUAGUCUUGAAACAAUCAUGGGCGACAAGUGGAUGAACAUGGGGUUUGAGGAGGACGAACUCAAGCCCUACAUUGAGCCCAAAGCCGAUUUAGCCGAUCCCAAGCGGAUAGGUAAGACGGAAGCUCUAGUCGCGAUGGGCUACAAUCGGUCAGAGAUCGAGGCUUCGCUCUCCCAGGUGCGCUACGACGAUGUUUUUGCCACGUAUUUACUGCUGGGACGCAAGAGCACAGACCCGGAAAGUGACGGAUCGCGAUCCGGUUCAUCGCUCUCGCUGCGCAACAUUUCGGGCAACGAUGCCAAUGCUGGCAGUGCGAGUGUGCAGAGUCCCACUCACAGAGGCGUCCACAGGAGCAUAUCGGCGUCCAGCACGAAACCAAGUCGCAGAGCCUCGUCCGGUGCGGAAACAUUGCGUGUUGGACCGACAAAUGCGGCAGCAACAGUGGCGGCUGCCACGGGAGCUGUGGGUGCGGUAAAUCCAAGCAAUAAUUACAAUGCUGCAGGGUCAGCGGCGGAUCGAGCAUCAGUUGGCAGCAACUUCAAGCGUCAGAACACCAUUGACUCGGCUACAAUUAAGGAGAAUACAGCGCGACUGGCCGCUCAAAAUCAGAGGCCCGCUUCGGCCACCCAAAAGAUGCUCACCACGGCAGACACCACACUGAACAGUCCCGCCAAGCCGCGAACGGCAACGAAGUACGACCCGACGAACGGCAAUCGCACGGUCAGCGGCACAAGUGGCAUCAUUCCACGCCGCUCCACCACGCUGUAUGAAAAGACUUCGUCGACGGAGAAAACCAAUGUUAUUCCUGCAGAGACAAACAGUGGAUCGGCAGCUCCCGCUGGGAAAGGUCAUACCAAAAGCGCGUCUGUCUCGAGCCCUCGCCCCUCUGCAGACGGAUGCGUCUCGGUCUCGAAUGACCCGCUCGGAACGAGUCUGUUCGAUCGACUUAGAAUGGCAUCGGCUGUUAAAUCAAGCAGACACUUUCCAAGGAAUGUUCCAUCACGUUCAACCUUUCACUCUGGUCAAACCAGAGCACGAAACAACACAGCGCUGGAAUACUCGGGCACCAGCGGUGCCUCCGGCGACUCCUCCCAUCCGGGUCGCAUGAGCUUUUUCUCCAAACUCUCCUCACGUUUUAGCAAACGUCAAACAACUACAGACGAGGCAGCGAAACCACGGGUUCUACGAUUCACAUGGUCUAUGAAAACCACUUCGCCCCUGAUGCCCGAACAGAUAAUGCAAAAGAUUCGUGAAGUACUUGACCAGAACAACUGCGACUACGAGCAGCGCGAGCGAUUUGUCCUUUGGUGCGUGCACGGAGAUCCAAAUACGGAUUCCCUGGUACAAUGGGAAAUUGAGGUGUGCAAGCUGCCACGUCUCUCAUUAAAUGGAGUGCGCUUUAAGCGAAUCUCUGGCACCAGCAUUGGCUUCAAGAACAUUGCGUCUCGCAUUGCUUUUGACCUCCGGCUGUGACUUAACCAAACGAACAACGAGGGGAAUGCGGCCGCCGCCGCCGCCGCCUCGCGGCCUACUGAUCCAUCCGACACCUUAUCCAGCGCCAACUGUCGGAGGGCCAGCAACGAUAGCACAUCCCGGCUGUCGGAGCUCUCGCUUCUGUGUCGCUCAUUAACCAGCCAGCAGGGCUCCCAGCGACGCAAGAAGAGCCGACUGUCCACGGGUGGCAGUGAGGAUCAGAAGAAAUCCAACUCGUUGCUGUCGGCAUUUCAAAUGUACUCUCCCUUCAGUUCCAAGGAGAAUUUACAGUCCAGUGAGGAGGUGGAAGAUCUGCAGGUGAUUGACACGCAGCCAGGACACUCUGUUGAUGUGCCUCCCUAUGCUGACUUCAGCCCAAUCAAUCCAAUUAUGGAAGAGGAUGCUGAGGGCGUUGAGGGUAAAACCAGUGAAGCCAAAAGCUCUGGCAGUGGACAAAAGACCAAAGGCGACGGCGGCGGCGGCAGCGGCGGUGGUGGUGGGGGCAAUCGAUUAAAGCGAAACAUCAAGCACACCGGGAGCCUAAUUGUUCGCAAAUUAACUGCCGGCAGGCACAGUGAUGCGGACAAAAAGGGUGCGACUGGGAAAAAGGAUAAGGAGCAGCAGGAAGUGGCGGCUACGGAUAAGGAGAAUCCAAGCAGCAAGCCGGAGGGCAAGGUCCCCAUGCUACGCACCACAACCCUCUAAUGCAAUGGAACAUGGCCGUAGCAUGGGCAAUACGUUUAGUUGUGGGGCAGUUUGUAUCUAUUGAAUGAGUAAUUUGAAGGCACUGCGGCGGAUCCCUGCUGGAAUCUCAAGAAAAAAUUAGUGUUAGCAUCUCUCCGUAGAUCGAACGUAUUGAAUAUAUAACUACACAUUACAAUCAAGCAGACAAACUCCUCUAUCUAUCCACACUGACAUGCAUUAGCACCCGCAUAGAUACGCACAUAUUUACAUACGUUAAUUAAUAGGAACCUAGUGAAUGGGCCAGCAAUAUUGGUCAUUGAGCUGGAGGCAAGAUGAAUUAAAAGUACAUAUAGGGAAAACAGAAACACCACUCAAUAAAACCGUAACAAUAAAUAUUAACAAGAAACCAAUCAACGCUCUAUAAACUGCAUUUAUGUGUCGAUAUCCAGUAAUCAAUUUUGCUUGGCGAACAAACGAUCAAGGAACCCAAAUUUAAAGAUAACCGAUUCGGGUUGUUUCUUUUUUUGAACUUUAUUUUCAAGAAUGUCGUAUAUGUGUAAAUAAUACAUAAUAUAUCAAGGGCCGUAUCGCAAAUCGGUUAGCCAAAGUUCUUCUUCUACUAUAUUGAAAUGUGCCCAACUCCAAUCUAAACACCAUCUAUUGUAAUUAUUAGACCUGUGCUCGAAUACGUAGUUGGUACUUAUACCUUAUACUUUUGUUAAUUUCCUUCAAUUUAAACAGUUCAUAGAACACACAGACAGCAAAUGUAUGUAUAUUACUGUUAAGGCUACAAGUUUACUAACAACACCACUCCGAAUCAUGUAACACUCAGAUGCAAUUGUGGCCAAUUGUUACCUAGUUUCCACUAAGUUCACUUACCCCAAGGAAAAGACGAGCCAGUGGCUGUAAAGGGCCAUUCUACAUGCAAUUGUUGAAUGUUGCUGAAGCAGACUUUAAUGUGUUACGAAAAAGAAAGUAAAUGGGUUUUAAGGGAGGAGCGAUCUCAAGUGAGAUGUAGAAAAAAGACGACCAUUUAUCUAAGUUGUGGAGGCUCAAAAACAGUCUAUAUAUACCAAAACAUAUACAUAGUUGCACAUCAAGUUGUCUUCAUCAUGAUUGUGACGCAUUUCUGUAAUUCUUAACUUUUGAGAGAAGCAUGCAUCGUUUUAUAUAUUUGUUGUUAAAUGACAGCUAAUUGGAACUUAUUAAUAAUUACUAGGACUAGGCAAGAACGCGCAUAAACACACAUAAGUAUAUAAUACAUGCAUAAAUAUAUAAAGCAAGCAGCUUAUUACAUAUACGCCGAGAGAUAUCCUCAAGUAGAUUGCCGGAUUCCCUUUCCGAAAAAGAGACAUAUAUAUCUGUGUAAGCAUUGCUAAAACUUCACCUCUUUUAUGUUCUUUGUUGUCAGCAAUCUGCGGUCAGUAAAAUAAAUUGGCACGACCAGAUCCACUUUGCACAAUACGCUAGAUGUAUACUUAUUUCUGGUAUUUAUUUCGGUCCAAAAACGGUUGAGUUAAUGUAAAACAAAGCGAAAUUAUUGAGAACACCAUUAAAUCAGAAUUAUGAUAAUGCCGAUUAUAGAAUUUACGAAUAAUCAUGUUGUAAGAAUAUCUGAUAUACAUACAUACAUAGAUGUUUUAAUUAAUAAAAAUGGCAUAACUAUA